CACUCUAGUUACUUUGUUGCCUCUAUGGUUUAAAUCGCGUGUUUGACAAGUUGUCAACUUUACUCAAUUUUCCUUAACUCGAGAAACUAGUCACGAACUUGAUAAAGCACAAAUAAGUACAAAAGAUUUGGGAAGGAUGGUUAACGAUUUAAAACUGGAGUGCUCCUUUUCCUCUUGGUAUCCAGCGUUCAAGAAAGAUUCUCUAGAGGCCAGGAUUCUUCAUAUUCCCGACGAAGUUCUAAAGUAUUUGGAGUAUGACACGUUUGUGUUGCCGCUCGAGGCAGCGAGAUCUUUACCAGAGGAUUCCGAAUGGGCCGACGGCUCGCCGGUGACGUGCGAAGAAGAGGAGAUAGAUUAUCAACCAACGUUUCCUGAAUUCAGUCAACAAAUACAGGAAAUAUUAGAUGAGUACGAUGCAAUAUUUGUCAAGACAAACUGGAGUACGCCUGCGGAUGCCAUGUGGGUUGCGCCAACAAAGACUCUCAAAUGCAAUACGCUAGAAGAGGUCUACCUGUUGCUGAAAAGUUCCGACAGGAUUGCCAAAGAUCUAAACGUCGUGAAAUCGUUGAGGGGCUCUGAUAAUUCUUUGCCGUUCUGCCUGGUGCUGAAACAAUGGCGGGAUAUUAAUCCGUGCGCAGAAUUUCGCUGUUUCGUCAUGGAUAAUGAGCUCAUUGCUAUAAGUCAGAGGGAUAUAUCGCAGUACCACAGUUCCAACGAGUCAGAAAAGUAUGAUAUACAGACAGACAUCAAGAGCUUGUUUUCGGAGCGUAUCAAGGGCAGAUUUCCAUUGCGCAACUAUUCCUUCGACGUUGUACGAUGUAAAAAAGAUAAAGUGAAAAUAAUAGAUUUCGGUACGAUGGACGCGGCGUCUACGAAAGGAACGCUUUUUACGUACGAGGAGUUACAAAAUCAUAUCGAGAACACGCCGGAGUUCCGUUUUAUCGGGGAGGAAAUAGGUAUUCAGCCGAAGCCUCCUACGCAAUUUUGCAUUCCGCAAGAGAUCAGCGAGUUCUUCCAAUCGAGAGAUAACGUCACGUUCCUGGACAUUAUACAGAGGGAGGUGGAGAAUCAGCGGAAAGAGCAUGAGAAAGAAAAUGCUGACGUUUCAGAAAGUACUUGAUGUAUAUACAACGUAUAAUAAACAUUUUCCUUAUAUACGAA